GGAUGACGCCGCUAGCGCCAACUCACCAGGCAUCACUCAAGGCGUCCCUCAGCUCUGCAGAGAUACCGCAUCCCCGCAACCAGGCCCCCAGCUCUGAACUCGGGCAUCAUGCACCAAUUGCUGUAGUAGAUAUGAGGCACUGCCUACAAUAAUGGGGAUGUUGUGUCGAUGCGUCAGGCCGACACCGCAUAGGCACCGCCACCACCUGCGCGCACAUGCUAAGCCGUUUGGGGCCAUCUAUCGCUAGGCUGCAAUGGAAUACAGUCGACACCGAUUGCUAGGAGUCAUUUGUUAGGCUACUGUGACUGAUACAUAAAUAUGAGGGCUUUAUCCGUUCUGUUCUACUUCUAAACACAAACAUCUGAUUCUACUUGAUAUUCUUCUCGUGUCAAGGAUUCAACCAUGCCUAGCUUCGACAACGAGAUUGACGCACGGGAAGGACAUGGGGGACGAGGUGCCUCUAAUGGUACCAGCAAUGGAGUCACCGACCAUAGCAAGGAGACUGUAAAGAGCUUGAAGAACGGCACAGACGCUCCGACUCAAGCCAUCAAUGGAGAUGCAAAAGAAUCAGAGAAACCAUCGACUCAAGACGGAGAGCAAGCCGUCAAUGGCAAUUCAGAAGACCCCGAGAAGCCAUCCGCUCAAGAAGGAGAGAAGGCCGAGGAGAAACCCACCGAGCCUCCAGUCGAGCGAGGCUCAGUCAGCGAGGCCAAAUCAAUCUUUCGCGGACCCAAGGACGACGACGGCGAAUACACCUGGUCCGAGAAGGCCGAGGCAGAAGACAAAGCCGCCGAAAACGAGACGACUGCAAAGUUCGCCGUCGUCGUACGCAAGAAGAAGAGUUGUGAUUCCCGCAAAUUCUACGAGGCACACUCGCUCAUCAUCCAGAGCGCUCUCUUGAGGGAAGCUCUGGGUGAGGUCUUCAAGGACUAUCCGGGCAUCACGCCCUCGCUGGAGAGAUUUGUUGUCUAUGCUCCUUUCCGCCCCUUCGUUCACCGAUGGACUGCGUUUCAAGCAUAUAUGGCCCGCACCGACUUGAGCGAUGCGAUGAGGGAGCAUCUGCAGAUUCUGCACAGCAUCUUGAUGGAAGAGGUCGGUGACACGCUGAAUGUCUUCCGCGACUAUGUCAGCCUGGGUGUCAUCACCUACGAGCACUUGUGGACUAUUUUUCCCCCUGGGGAGGUCGCCAUACUGGUCCGCAAUGGGAACCGCAUCUCUGCCUUUGAGGUGAAAGAAUCGAAUUACAUCCAGACACGCUGUGGACCGUCCAUGGAAGUCUACCAGCGAAUGGUGGACGUGGACGGUGAGUCUGACACGUUCGGCUGGACUGAAUCUACUGCCAUCAUUCCGGGCUUCAACGGAACUCGUAAGAUCAACGACCUGAAAGUGUAUCCGAUCAAGUUCCACGAGGACAAGGACAAGCUGGAGAAGACGCUGAUUGAGCGGGGAAAGAAGUUUGAGUCUCUUCGUGGCUAUCAGUUCAAGCAAUAUUCUGGCAUGGCCGUGACGUGGAAUCGCGACGAGGUCGAGUUGCACAUGCAGACAGCUGGCAGGGUUGUCAUCGACGUCAAGUCGUUUGACAAAUGGAGCCCCUUUGCUGCCAGAGACAUCCAGAGGAUGGGCAACAUUGACGAGCUGAAAUUCACCGAAGCCUGCAAAGAAGGUCUACUCGACGAAAUGGCGGAAGAAAAGAGAGCCUCGGCAACCGUUGCUACCAAGCUCACGCCAUAUCACCAGAUGGUAUGUUUCCCUCGAGUGCGCGGCUACAGCCUGAAAACCAAGUCAUGGCUCGACUUCUACGUCGAGAAUGUGUCCGACAUUGAAUGGAACGACAAGGCUUUCGAGAGCUUGGUGCUGCCCGAGGACCAGAAGGAGAUGAUCCUCGCCUGCACAGAAGCGCAAGUAGACAACAAAGGAGACGGCUUCGACGACGUCGUCAAGGGGAAAGGAGAAGGCCUCAUCAUGCUGGCCUCUGGGCCCCCUGGCGUUGGCAAAACCCUCACCGCCGAGGCCGUGGCCGAGCAUCUACGCGCACCACUCCACAUGUUGACGUCGGGCGAUCUAGGAUCCAGCGCUGGAGAUCUAGAAGACCAGCUCCAGUCAGUACUGGACAUGGUAGGCCGAUGGAACGCCAUCCUGCUCAUCGACGAAUGCGACGUCUUCCUCGAGGCGCGCUCCGUCCACGACCUCGAGCGCAACAGAGUCGUCUCCAUCUUCCUCCGCACGCUCGAGUAUUAUCAAGGUAUCCUCUUCAUGACCACGAACCGCGUCAAGGAGAUCGACCAGGCCUUCCAGUCGCGAAUCCACGUCUCGAUCGAGUACCCCGCCCUGACCAAGGACUCGCGGCGGCAGAUCUGGUCAAACUUCCUCAGGAAGUCCGAGUCGUUGGCGGGCUUCUCGGACCACGAUCUUGAUGAGCUGGCUACGGCAGACUUGAACGGUCGCCAGAUCAAGAAUGUGCUCAAGACGUCGCAGCUGCUUGCGUCGCGGCGGAAGGAGAAGCUCAGUCGCAAGUUUGUGGACACGGUGCUGAAGGUCGAGAGUCUGCGUCCAGAGGCAUCGCACAUAUACAUGUAAGCGACCGUGGAUAUUCGAAUGUUUUUCUGGCGUUUUCAUGGGUGAGCAUUUAGACAGCAACAUUCCAGGCGCUCUUCAUGCAUGGGUAUACAUGUUAGACGUCCGUUCAGAUACGAAGUCAACGGAGAUUCUUAUUUUCCGUGACGAAAUAGAACAUACGCUUGAACAGACAUUUUGACCAGAACCUUAUAUCGUCAA